GGCCUGCAAAGAGAGUCGGGCACUUCUCCCGCGAGGCGCUUCUCGAGAAAUGGCGGGAGAGGUGGCUAUGGAAGCGCAGGAGAAAGAGGCGCAGGUUGCUGCAUGGCUGAAAAAAAUAUUUGGAGAUCACCCCAUUCCACAAUACGAGGUGAAUCCACGGACCACAGAGAUUUUACAUCACCUUUCAGAACGCAACAGAGUCCGGGACAGGGACGUCCACCUGGUAAUAGAGGACUUGAAACAGAAAGCAAGUGAAUAUGAAUCAGAAGCCAAGCAUCUUCAAGACCUUCUCAUGGAGAGCGUGAAUUUUUCGCCUGCCAAUCUCUCUAGCACUGGUUCUAACUAUCUGAAUGCUUUGGCUGACAGUGCGGUGGCCCUCGAAACAAAGGAUACCUCACUAGCUAGUUUUAUCCCUGCAGUGAAUGAUUUGACCUCUGAUCUUUUUCGUACCAAAUCCAAAAAUGAAGAAAUCAAGCUCGAAUUGGCAAAACUGGAAAAAAAUCUAACUGCAACUUUAGUAUUAGAAAAAUGUCUACGAGAGGAUCUCAAGAAGGCAGAGUUGCAUCUGUCUACAGAAAGGGCCAAAGUUGACAACCGUCUUCAGAAUAUGGACUUCCUAAAAGCCAAGUCAGAAGAGUUCAGAUGUGGGAUCAGAGCUGCAGAGGAGAAACUUUCAGCCAGAGGCAUGGAUACGUCUCUGUCUCAUCAGUCACUAGUAGCACUUUCAGAGAAAUUGGCAGAACUAAAACGACAGACUAUACCUUUGAAGAAAAAAUUGGAGUCUUAUUUAGAUUUAAUGCCGAAUCCAUCUCUUGCUCAGGUGAAAAUUGAAGAAGCAAAGCGAGAAUUAAUUUUCCUGAGUGAGAAGGGAGAGGGUUGUGAGACAUAGAAUAUUCUAGGCAAAAGGAAUUAGCAGAUGCACAGGAGCUGAAAAAUAAAGGUAAGCUUCGGCAGGUAAUGAGGUCCAGCUGCCUAGGAGUAUGCAAUGGAAGAUAGGACUAAAGAAAGUCAAUUGGUUUAUGAUGUAGAGGGCCUUUAAGACAAAGAGAAGGGAGUGUGUAGGGAGCUACUGAAAGUUCCUGUGUGUUUCCUUGUUUUUUAAGCCAAAGAGAACUGUGGUCAAAGCUAUGCUUUCUGAUCAUGUCAGUUCUUUAGGAAGAUGAUUCUGUAAUGAGUGUACAGGGUGGAUUGGAGGAAGGAUAAAGAAAAUUGGCGAAACCAGUUGACCUAUGUAAGCCAGGUAAGAAGUGAUGAGAACAGUGGCCAUGAAAAUGGAAGAGAGGUGAUCUGAGAGGUGUAACGGGAGUACAUUGUUUAAGGAGUAAAGGGCAUACAAAUCUAGUCAUGUACCAUUACACUAAUUCAUUUUUUUAAACUGUUUUUCCUUCUUUAGAUGUUUAUUAGAAUCAAGAGUCUGAAAACCCUUAGGGUUUGGGAAAAGGGAGACAUAUAGCAGCAAGGGAAUAUUUAAUAUUUGUAAUGUUUUUUUUUUAAUUUCUUUUUUGCUUAUUUUAAAUAACAGUAGAAGU